UACUGUUACACAGGGAAACGCAUUUUUUUUUGUCUUUUCUCUUCGUCACAUUUCAUUUUCCUUCGAAUCGCAACUCACACUUUUUUGCUUUUCUUCGGAAUCCACAUUUCCCCAUUCAUUUCCCUUCUUCGAAAUCCCCCCCUUUUCCCGUCAUCUCGGCAAAAGGGGGAACACAAGAAUUUCUGAUUUACAUUCGAUUUUCCUCAUUGGUUCCUCGCAAUUCACCAUGAUUCCCAUGAGGCUUUUCCUGGUACUAUUUUCCCUGUUCCCCGUAUCAUUUUCUCUCGAGAAUCUCAAUUCCCAUGACCAUAAUCUUCUCCUUCAGAUGCCAACAAUCGUCGAAUAUCCGGAAUUCGAGGAGGAACUGAAGUUGAGGUGUACGAGCUGGAGAUUCGCGGUGGAAGCGAACAAUCUGAGUCCGUGGAAGACGAUUCCUGAAGAAUGCGCUGAGUAUGUGAAGGAAUACAUGAUGGGGAAGGGUUACGUUCUUGAUCUGGAAACGGUUUCCAAGGAAGCUGGGGAAUAUGCAAAGAGUGUAGAACUGCGUGGUGAUGGCAAGGAUGUGUGGAUUUUCGACAUUGAUGAGACCCUUCUCUCCAAUUUGCCUUAUUAUGCUGCACACGGAUACGGGUUGGAGGUUUUUGACCAUGGGAAGUUUGACAAAUGGGUGGAGAAGGGUAUAGCUCCGCCCAUAGAACCCAGUUUAAAACUCUAUGAAGAUGUUUUGAAUCUGGGAUUCAAGGUUAUUCUACUGACUGGACGGAGUGAAAGGCACAGGAGUGUUACCGUUGAUAAUUUGAUCAAUGCUGGGUUUCGGGAUUGGCACCAGCUCAUAUUAAGAGCCUCAGAAGAUCAUGCGAAAUUAGCUACAAUUUACAAAUCGGAGAAGAGGAGUGAGAUGGAGAAAGAUGGAUACAGGAUUCUUGGAAAUUCCGGUGACCAGUGGAGUGAUUUAUUAGGUUCUUCACUGUCUGUUCGGUCCUUCAAGCUUCCAAAUCCCAUGUAUUACAUCGCUUAGUAGUGGUUCAUUUAUUUGCAAAUAAUGCUGUCUGAAUUGUACAUAAUGAAACUGACGAAUUCAUAUACUGCACAUGCCAUUGAAAAUG